AUGCUUCCAGACGCUGUAAUCCGCAUUUGUGCCGUUGUGGUGGUGGUUGGAGGUGCUGUUGUGGUGGUGGUGGUUGGAGGUGCUGUUGUGGUGGUGGUUGGAGGUGUCGUUGUGGUGGUGGUUGGAGGUGCUGUUGUGGUGGUGCUUGUUGGAGGUGCUGUUGUGGUGGUGGUGGUUGGAGGUGCUGUUGUGGUGGUGGUUGGAGGUGCCGUUGUGGUGGUGGUUGGAGGUGCUGUUGUGGUGGUGGUUGGAGGUGCUGUUGUGGUGGUGCUUGUUGGAGGUGCUGUUGUGGUGGUGGUGGUUGGAGGUGCUGUUGUGGUGGUGGUGGUUGGAGGUGCUGUUAUGGUGGUGGUGGUUGGAGGUGCUGUUGUGGUGGUGGUGGUUGGAGGUGCUGUUGUUGUGGUGGUGGUUGGAGGUGCUGUUGUUGUGGUGGUGGUUGGAGGUGCUGUUGUGGUGGUGGUUGGAGGUGCCGUUGUGGUGGUGGUUGGAGGUGCUGUUGUAGUGGUGGUUGGAGGUGCUGUUGUGGUGGUGGUUGGAGGUGCUGUUGUGGUGGUGGUUGGAGGUGCUGUUGUGGUGGUGGUGGGUUGGAGGUGCUGUUGUGGUGGUGGUUGGAGGUGCUGUUGUGGUGGUGGUUGGAGGUGCUGUUGUGGUGGUGGUGGUUGGAGGUGCUGUUGUGGUGGUGGUGGUUGGAGGUGCUGUUGUGGUGGUGGUUGGAGGUGCGUUGUGGUGGUGGUUGGAGGUGCUGUUGUGGUGGUGGUUGUUGGAGGUGCUGUUGUGGGUGGUGGUUGGAGGUGCCCGUUGUGGUGGUGGUUGGAGGUGCUGUUGUGGUGGUGCUUGUUGGAGGUGCUGUUGUGGUGGUGGUGGUUGGAGGUGCUGCUGUGUGUGGUGGUUGGAGGUGCUGUUGUGGUCGUAGUUGGAGGUGCUGUUGUGGUCGUAGUUGGAGGUGCUGUUGUGGUGGUUGGAGGUGCUGUUGUGGUCGUAGUUGGAGGUGCUGUUGUGGUGGUGGUGGUUGGAGGUGAUGUUGUGGUGGUGGUGGUUGGAGGUGCUGUUGUGGUGGUGGUUGUUGGAGGUGCUGUUGUGGUGGUGGUUGGAGGUGCCGUUGUGGUGGUGGUUGGAGGUGCUGUUGUGUGGUUGGAGGUGGUGUUGUGGUGGUGGUUGGAGGUGCUGUUGUUGUGGUGGUGGUUGGAGGUGCUGUUGUGGUGGUGGUUGGAGGUGCUGUUGUUGUGGUGGUGGUUGGAGGUGCUGUUGUGGUGGUGGUUGUUGGAGGUGCUGUUGUGGUGGUGGUUGGAGGUGCUGUUGUGGUGGUGGUUGGAGGUGCCGUUGUGGUGGUGGUUGGAGGUGCCGUUGUGGUGGUGGUGGUUGGAGGUGCUGUUGUGGUGGUGGUGGGUUGGAGGUGCUGUUGUGGUGGUGGUUGGAGGUGCUGUUGUGGUGGUGGUUGGAGGUGCUGUUGUGGUGGUGGUUGGAGGUGCCGUUGUGGUGGUGGUUGGAGGUGCUGUUGUGGUGGUGGUUGGAGGUGCUGUUGUUGUGGUGGUGGUUGGAGGUGCUGUUGUGGUGGUGGUUGGAGGUGCUGUUGUGGUGGUGGUGGUUGGAGGUGCUGUUGUGGCGGUGGUUGGAGGUGCUGUUGUGGUGGUGGUUGGAGGUGCUGUUGUGGUGGUGGUUGGAGGUGCCGUUGUGGUGGUGCUUGUUGGAGGUGCUGUUGUGGUGGUGGUUGUUGGAGGUGCUGUUGUGGUGGUGGUUGGAGGUGCCGUUGUGGUCGUAGUUGGAGGUGCUGUUGUGGUCGUAGUUGGAGGUGCUGUUGUGGUGGUGGUGGUUGGAGGUGCUGUUGUGGUGGUGGUGGUUGGAGGUGCUGUUGUGGUGGUGGUGGUUGGAGGUGCUGUUGUGGUGGUGGUUGUUGGAGGUGCUGUUGUGGUGGUGGUUGGAGGUGCCGUUGUGGUGGUGGUGGUUGGAGGUGCUGUUGUGGUGGUGCUUGUUGGAGGUGCUGUUGUGGUGGUGGUGGUUGGAGGUGCUGUUGUGGUGGUGGUUGGAGGUGCUGUUGUGGUGGUAGUUGGAGGUGCUGUUGUGGUGGUGGUUGGAGGUGCUGUUGUGGUCGUAGUUGGAGGUGCUGUUGUGGUCGUAGUUGGAGGUGCUGUUGUGGUGGUGGUGGUUGGAGGUGCUGUUGUGGUCGUAGUUGGAGGUGCUGUUGUGGUGGUGGUGGUUGGAGGUGAUGUUGUGGUGGUGGUGGUUGGAGGUGCUGUUGUGGUGGUGAUUGUUGGAGGUGCUGUUGUGGUGGUAGUUGGAGGUGCUGUUGUGGUGGUGGUUGGAGGUGCUGUUGUGGUCGUAGUUGGAGGUGCUGUUGUGGUCGUAGUUGGAGGUGCUGUUGUGGUGGUGGUGGUUGGAGGUGCUGUUGUGGUCGUAGUUGGAGGUGCUGUUGUGGUGGUUGGAGGUGAUGUUGUGGUGGUGGUGGUUGGAGGUGCUGUUGUGGUGGUGAUUGUUGGAGGUGCUGUUGUGGUGGUGGUUGGAGGUGCUGUUGUGGUGGUGGUGGUUGGAGGUGCUGUUGUGGUGGUGGUGGUUGGAGGUGCUGUUGUGGUGGUGGUGGUUGGAGGUGCUGUUGUUGUGGUGGUGCUUGUUGGAGGUGCUGUUGUGGUGGUGGUGGUUGGAGGUGCUGUUGUGGUGGUGGUGGUUGGAGGUGCUGUUGUGGUGGUGGUGGUUGGAGGUGCUGUUGUGGUGGUGGUUGGAGGUGCCGUUGUGGUGGUGGUUGGAGGUGCUGUUGUGGUGGUGCUUGUUGGAGGUGCUGUUGUGGUGGUGGUGGUUGGAGGUGCUGUUGUGGUGGUAGUGGUUGGAGGUGCUGUUGUGGUGGUAGUUGGAGGUGCUGUUGUGGUGGUAGUUGGAGGUGCUGUUGUGGUCGUAGUUGGAGGUGCUGUUGUGGUCGUAGUUGGAGGUGCUGUUGUGGUCGUAGUUGGAGGUGCUGUUGUGGUGGUGGUGGUUGGAGGUGCUGUUGUGGUCGUAGUUGGAGGUGCUGUUGUGGUGGUCGUAGUUGGAGGAUCUGUUGUGGUCGUAGUUGGAGGUGCUGUUGUGGUGGUAGUUGGAGGUGCUGUUGUGGUGGUGGUGGUUGGAGGUGCUGUUGUGGUGGUGGUUGGAGGUGCUGUUGUGGUGGUGGUAGUUGGAGGUGCUGUUGUGGUGGUGGUGGUUGGAGGUGCUGUUGUGGUGGUGGUGGUUGGAGGUGCUGUUGUGGUGGUCGGAGGUGCUGUUGUGGUGGUGGUGGUUGGAGGUGCUGUUGUGGUCGUAGUUGGAGGUGCUGUUGUGGUUGUAGUUGGAGGUGCUGUUGUUGUGGUGGUGGUUGGAGGUGCUGUGGCUGUUGAGGUGCUUCCGGCGAGCGAGGCAGUGGAUUCCGCAUUUGCCGGGCUGAGGAGUGGUCUGAGGAGGGGUGGAUCUGGACACGGAUGA